AGUUCAUGUGAGAGGCGAGGCCGUGAUUGAUAUAAAAAAUAACUCAUCUUUUCUUUCCCAUCUCUCUCCUUUUUGGUGCUGAGCUUACUUACAACCAUCUCUCCCCAUUCUCUCUCUCCCUCUCUCUCUGUUUAAGCGCUUGUGUCGUUGAAUCUGAGGGAAACCUCGCUGUUCAUUUCGUCUAAGUGGAUUGUUGCUCCCAUCAUCAAUCAGUUCAAGCUCUAUUCCUCUUCUGAGUUUCUCCAUUCACCACCUUGUCAAUGGCCGCUACGGAGACCGGAUCAAAGAAGAGUAUGAAAAGAUUAGAAUCGAGAAAAUCACAUUCCUGGUGGUGGGAUAGUCACAUUAGUCCUAAAAAUUCGAAAUGGCUUGCGGAGAAUCUUGAAGAGAUGGACAAGAGUGUCAAGCGGAUGUUGAAGCUGAUAGAAGAAGAUGGAGAUUCAUUUGCUAAAAAGGCUGAGAUGUAUUAUCAGAAGAGACCAGAAUUGAUUGCCCUUGUUGAAGAGUUUUACCGCAUGUACCGGUCUUUGGCAGAGCGUUAUGAUCAUGUGACAGGAGAAUUGAAGAAAAACAUUCCUUCAGAUCUCCAAUCCCAGGGCUCAGGCAUUUCUGAGAUUGUUUCUGAACUCCCUUCUGCUUCGCCCUCUCCUGAUCAAAGGAUAACUCGCCAUAAAUCUGGUCCACGAGCCGCUGGUUUUGAUGUUUUCCUUGGAUCUGGUGGAAGCAGCUCUGAUGUUAACCAAAAAGAAGGAGAUGAAUCAUCUUCACUAACAGAUUCUGAAUCCGAAUCUGAUGCUUCCUCGGUAAAUAAUUACUCGAUUUUAAUGGGGAACGGUGGCGAUCAAGCACUGAACAAAAAGAUAAUUGAAUUGGAGAUUGAACUUCGUGAAGCAAAAGAAAAGCUACUACAGAUGCAACAGGAAGAAGGUGAAGAUGGCUCAUUGAGAAGAGUGAAAAGUGAGAGUUUUGUUGAUCUUCAUGUUAAAAUUGCUGCUUAUGAGCAGGAGCUUAAAACUGCUAAUGAAAAGAUACAGGUUUCAGAGGAAGAAAUUGCUAGAUUGAAGUAUGAGCUCCAAAAAUAUAAAUCAUCUGAAACCACCAAUGGCAUUCAUGCUCAUACUGAAUCGUCAGAAGUGAAUGAUGUUCAACAAACGAUUUGCAGUUUGGAAGGAGAAACACAGGAUGAAGAAGGCAAGAUUCAGGCAUUGGUGGAAGAGCUGAGGAUUGCAAAAGAAAGCCUUCAGGAUUCAGAGAAAGAAAUUGCUAGGCUGAAACAGGAACUUGAAAGUAACAAAUCUUCUGACAAGAUCCGCAACUUGCAGGAUCAGCUCGAGUCGGCCCAGAAAGAUGUCGUAAUGGGGAAAAACAAACUGAAUGUGGAGAAACGAGAGGCUUCUAAGCUACAAGAAAGGAUUACAAGGCUAAAAACUAGUUUGUCAGACAGGGAUCAUGAAAUCAGGGAUUUGAAUAUAGCAGUAUCUGAUGCUGAGCAGAAAAUCUUUCCAGAGAAGGCACAGAUUAAAGCUGAAAUAUCCAAGUUGUUAGAGGAGAGAACUCAUUUGGAGCAGCAGCUUAGGGAGUGGGAAUCACGUGGCCGUUCUUUAGAGGAUGAGAUUAGGAAGAUCACAAUCAAUAAAACAGAAAUGGAGGAAAGGCUUACCGGAGAAAUCAAGUUAUUAGAAAUCGACAUCCUUGAGAGAAGCAAUCACAUUGAAAACUUAAAUGAAAGCCUUGUUGCCUUAAAAUCUGAAAGAGAUUCGCUUAACAAGGAAAUUGUUUCACUGAAAUCAGAGAUGAGUUCCAGAGAUAACCGAAUUGAUGAAAUGGAUCAGCAUUUGCAUCAAUUACAUAUGGAGCACGUACAGCUGAUUGCCGGUGGUGAAGUGGCACGAAAACUUAUAGAAGAGUUGAGAUCAAGAGUAAAGGAACUUGAGGAAGAGAUCAAGAGGCAAAGUGUAUUAAUUUCAGAAGCAGCAGAAGAAAAACGGGAGGCUAUCCGGCAGCUUUGUUUCUCUCUGGAGCACUAUAGAAAUGGGUAUAACAGGCUUCGGCAGGCAGUUAUCGGACACAAAGGAGUUCCAAUUUUGGCAUCAUGAGCAUGUGAUAUGGGCAUAUGUUUGUAUCUUUACUUGUUUGUAUUUGCAAUAGAAAAGGCUGCCUUUGGUGUUGGCUGGCCUGGGUCCUUAUGAUCCUCCGUUUGUUGGUAACCAUGUAAGUUACUGCAGCAUCCUUGUAUUAGUAGUCAUUUGGUUGAGAUUAAGUUGUACUAACAUAUGAGGCCUGGUCCUUAUGAUCCUCCGUUUGUUGGUAACCAUGUAAGUUACUGCAGCAUCCUUGUAUUAGUAGUCAUUUGGUUGAGAUUAAGUUGUACUAACAUAUGAGGCCUGGUAGGGGAAUUUGGUUUCCAUAAAUUUACUUAUAGUUUCCUC